GACCAUGACGACAGGGUGGAAAAAAAAAACCCAUCAUCACGCAUCUUUUUUUUUCUCAUUAAUACCACAUGUCGCCCAACUUCAGCUCCUCCUCUUACUGGAUCUGGUUUUCCGCCCUUGUUUUGUGAGGUAACUUUUUGACCUUGGUAGCACGUCCUUUUAUGCGUGUGUGAGAAUAGGUCUGGCCGGUCCGCACAGCGCAUACUCCUUGAAAGAGGCUCAGAUGUUCCCUCGCAACCAUUCUGACCAGUCAGGUUCCUGCCAAGUGGUUUUUCAUUAGGUAGCAAAUGCAGGGCUUGUGAGCGGCUACCAAUUAUGGAAUCUCCCAAGGGUUGAAUCGACAAGCCAUGGAUUGCUUCUUUGGGGUCUGGGGCUGCAUCGCGCUCGAGGCAAGUCCACUACGGGCAUAGCCGCCCCCUUUGUGAUGUAAUUGUGUAUGGCUGUCAAAUGGCCUGUCAAAUGGAAUUAUCCUCCUACCAGCAUUAGUCUGCCCAACUGGGUAUUCAGUGCGCGGGUGCAUGUGUCCUAUGAGGCCCUCAAACACGAUUGCACGAUUUGCUAAGGUUUCCCCGGAGAUCCAACAAGGACGGUUUCCUGGGCUGACAUAUAUACAUAAUGUCUUCAGGUUAGCCGUUCUGCAAGAAAUUUUCACUAUGUCCUCAGCAUCCCCAUCCGGACUCACGACCCUCUCUUUCUCUCCUUUUGUCUGUUUCUUUUGCUCAUUUUCUAUUUGUUUUUUCUCUUUCAAUCCUUCGUCCUUUGGCAGGCUCCUCUCGUUACGUCUCUUGUGUCGUCCAGAUCGAUCAGAGACAAACAGCCAGUCGUUGUACACCCAAUCUAUAGCAGCAAUAUCUUUCACCCACAAACUACCUACACAAUGGUCUCCACACGCACCUUGACGGCACUCCUAUGCACCGUCGUCCCGCUCACGUGGGCCUACCCGAGCAUGAUCGAAGCACGAGAUGAUCAUCCCUUCAUGGCCCCCAGCCCCAACGACCGCAGAAGCCCCUGCCCCAUGAUGAACACGCUCGCCAACCACGGCUUCAUCCCGCGGACCAACAUCUCGAUGGACCAACUGGUGUCGGCACUGGAGCUGAGCAUCGGCCUCGAGGGCGCCGCGACCAGGAUCGUGGGCGGCAAGGCCCUUGCCACCUCGACGACGGGCAACCCAAACACCUUCAACCUCGACGACCUCGUCAAGCACGGCAUCCUCGAGCACGACGGCUCGCUGUCACGCUCCGACCUGGCCGAUGGCGACAACCACUCCUUCAACAAGACCCUCUGGGACACGACGCUCACCUUUUUCAAGGACGACAAGAUCUCCAUCGCCCAGGGCGCCGCCGCCAGGAACGCCGCCAUCGCUGCCGCCAAGGCCAGGAACCCAAAGUUCGCCAUGGCCGCUGGCGACGCGCAGAACAGCGCCGUCGAGUCGGCGCUCUACCUGCGCGUAUUUGGUGGUGUCAAUGGCGAUGCCCGGAAGGACUGGGUCAAGAUUCUUUUUGAGCAAGAGCGCAUGCCCUACGCCGAAGGUUUCCCACAGAAGCCCGCAGGCAAGAUCACAGCCCAGGAAAUACUUGGUAUUGUGUCAAAGCUCACUGCCGCUUAGAGCUGUCCAUUUUUGUUAGCGUGUAUUAUUUGUUAAAGCGAAUGUUUGUAUUGACUGCUGUUUGAGAUGUCCAAAGGGGAUAAAAAUAGAAAUAGUAUAUUGAUAUGCUCUCAGCCUCAAGUUGCUUGUGGUCCAAAGAAUAUAUAAGCUUAAUCUCC